UGACUCACUCAGACUGAGUGUGUGGAGUUGACGUUCGUCGCGAGAGUGAAAUCCUUUCCCCGAUUUCACGUUGACGUUGUUUGCUUUUAGUCAACAAACACCACCCGUCCGAGCCAAGGGGUGCAAGCAGCCCCCAGUCCUCGAACUCAGCAGCCCAGCCCCUUCGCAGGUUGGUCCAACCUGAUACGAACCCCAGCUUAUCUGGUUUAUGUAGAAGCGUCACGGCGAAGGAGUUUAUUAAUCUUAUCGCCGCCGCGAUUCGCAAUGACGUUCUGAGAGAGGUAAAACAUCGCUGAGGCAAUGUCGAGGGGCCGCAAGGACGUCGACUGGGACCGUUUCGGUCUGGAAAACCGCAACCCGCGAAGCCCAUCAGACGGCAGGGGUUCCGUCCGAAGCUCGGACGACGGCGACUGGUAUGGAGCCUACGCCGGACACCGGCCUUCCGACGAAUUAUUCGCCCAAGAGGAGAGUAACCAGCCAUGGUGGAAGUCUCAGUUCUUCAUCUCGCAGCCAGUGCUGUUCGGCACAUGGGACGGAGUGUUCACGUCCUGUCUCAUCAACAUUUUUGGCGUUAUCGUCUUCCUGCGCUCAGGAUGGAUGGUAGCUGAGGCCGGAAUCAUUCAAGCCAUCCUCAUCGUCAUUGUCACCGUCUCUAUUGUCCUCAUCUCGGUACUCUCCGCCGUUGGGAUUUGCGAGCGAUGCCGAGUGGAAAGCGGAGGAGUUUAUUUCCUGCUCUCGCAUGUCCUUGGCUCUCGGCUCGGAGGAGCCAUUGGACUUCUAUACUGCUUUGGACAGGCCGUUGGUUGUGCUCUGUAUGUAACUGGUUUUGGCGAAUCGAUGGCUCGGCUGGCUGGAUUUGACUCGCCAUGGGCGGAGAGAGGAUUCGCAGGAGCAGCUGUUCUGGCCUUAGGCGUGAUAAACGUCGCUGGGGUCAAGUGGGUGGUUAAGCUGCAGUUCCUUCUGCUGCUUAUUCUGCUAAUGGCUGGUCUCGACUUUGCUGUUGGCUCUUUCGUUCACACUGAUCCAGCGGCUGGCUUUGACGGCUGGCUCACUGGCAAUCUUGCCAACAACACUUUCUCAUCAUACUCUGAGGGAUCAAGUUGGUUUACUGUUUUUGGAGUUUUCUUCCCAACCGUCACAGGGGUCAUGGCCGGAAUCAACAUGAGUGGUGACCUUCGCCACCCUUCUACUGACAUUCCUAAUGGCACCCUUUCAGCUAUUGGAACAAGCACUUUUCUCUACCUCAUGUUUGUCUUCGUGUUGGGCGCCACCUGCCGCCGAGAUGUUCUCUUGACUGAUUUCAUGAUUGCCGCCAAAGUUUCAGCAAUCAGUGUGAUGCUUUUGGCUGGACUCUAUGUAUCCUCCAUGUCAAGCUGCUUGGCUGCUAUGUAUGGCACUCCUCGAGUGCUCCAGUCCAUUGCAAACGAAAAUGUCAUCCCCGGGAUCGCCAUCCUUGGACGAGGACGUGGUCCAAACAAAGUGCCCCUUUAUUCGAUGGCUGUGGUAGCCGUGACCACUCUGAGUUUCAUCCUAGUCGGCCAGAUCAACACCCUGGCCCCGAUUGUGACCAUGCCUUUCCUCCUUACCUACGCCGCCAUUGACUACUCCUACUUUGCCCUCGCACAAACACACGAGAUCCAACUUAGAAGGGAGGAUAGAUUUAGAGCCCAGGAAUUCUUAUCAAAGAGCCGGACCAGUCAAGGUUAUGGAGCGACAGAGGAUGAGAACUCUCCUGACAAGUAUGAAGACAGCGGAGACUUGGACCAGCUUUUCCCGGAGAGAUUGCGGCAUAAGAAAAUUGCUAGGCAAAUGAGCGAAAUGAGCAACGUUAGCGUUCCAGUUUCUACUCCUGACGAUCCUCCAACGCCAAACCAAAGCAAACCAAGCGCCCCAGUUCCGAUUAGAUCAAAACUUAACAACUGGUACUCAGGAUUCUGUAACCGAUGGAUCUCCCUUGUUGGGGCGCUCAUCAAGCUUCUGGUCAUGCUGUUGGUCCACUGGGGCUACGCACUUGCAUCAGUUGGUUUGGUGUUUGUUGUUUGGACAUACGUUGGUCACGCAAAUCCCGCCGUCAACCCUGGUAUCGCUGCUGAGUUUAGACUGUUGCCCUGGCUGAGAAACUGCUUGAUGCGGGCACUUGGACGACCUGGCCAGGAGUAUGAGCAGAUUGUUGUGCCACCCAAGCACCCAGGCCUAGAAGUGGAGGCAGCGCAGCAGAACGACGAAAACGAAGACUUUGCCAAUAGGUCCAGGUAUCACCACACAUCCACAGUUCAAGGUCGUUUGGUGACCAUUGACGACGAUGAAGACUAAUUUAAGCUGCUUUAUGCCAGGCAGGAUUUUUACUUAAGAUGACUAAUUCUUUUUCGCCCAAAAUCCUAUUUUUUCGACAUUGCCCAGCAUUGAAGAGUGCACGUCAUUUUUGCAACUCUCAUAUUCUUGUAUGAAUUCUUCACCAAAUCUACCAACGAAUCAAAAGAAGAGCCGAAUGCAUAUGUAUUCCAUCCUCCUAAUUGCUGCGCACAUUAUUUUUAUAGCCUCUGAGAAAUGAAUUACUCGCAUUCAGCAUGAUAUUAAAAAUGAUGUAUCCUGACAGAAUUCAGUCGCCGUAUAAAAUUGACAAAAAUUCGACAUGAAAUGUCAAAAAUUGAUUUACUUUUGGUCUCUUCUUUGUUUAUUACGAUUUGUAAAACGACACGUGAUUUAUUUUUUUAUAAGAUUUAUGGCUGUUUUAAUUCCUAGUGUUACGCCUAAUUUAUUUCGCAAUAUUAACUAAUAUGAAAUUAUUGGCAGCUUGCAUUCCUUGAUUGCGGCAUUUGUUUGGUUGUGCAACCGCAUUAAGUAUUAUUGGUUAUCACUGACCGACCAAAGUGAUUGAUUGUUUGUCGCUCUUAAAGAGGAGCCCAUUGCGAAACACAUAAUCGAUACCGCCUAACAAAAAUGAAUGUGGAUGAUAAUAUAUAUUUGUGUAAAUUUAUGUAUGGCAAAUUACAAAAUAUAUAAACGAGGUAGUGCGAUAUCUACUUUAUGUAACAAAGUGUAAAGUCACAGGAAAAAUAAACUAUUUAUCUUCAACAUAUGA